CUCUCAGUGGAAGGGAGUGAGCUGCUGAUGUUCCUUGUUUUCUGGUACUUUCUUCACACCUGAGUGACUCGUUGAUCAAGCGAUUAAAGCGAGAAAUAUUGUAUCUGUCUACUGGAUCAUGUCAAAAGAAGAUAUCGAUGUGGCUGCGGCCGCCAGUCCUCGGAUAUAUAGACUACAAAAUUCUAGACGCAUUGAAAACCCAACGGCCGAGCUCGAUGUCAACUACAUCUUGGAGGAGCGAGAGACGCUGGCCCUCAAGUUCAAACACGAUGAGUCGAAGAGCGGGAAAUGGAUUUUGUUUGUGCGGAUCAAGUCGAUGUUUUCUAUGUGGACGAAGUCCUGUAAUCUUUACAGGGAAGGAAAACUUAAAGGAGUCACUUCCCUGAAAGCAUCGACUGCCAAGGAUAACCCUCGCAAGACGGCGGGUGAUGACAAUGGAGUGAUCAUCUUCCAUUGUGGUCCAAGCAACGACAAGAAAUUGAUGAUAAGUUAUGGUAAGAACAUCGUCAAGCUCCUAAGAUACUUUAAUGACAAACGCCACAUCAACUACAAAACUAACGAGCAGUCGGCUAAAGGGACUCGGGCAACUGGCAACAAAGAUAACUUCUUGUACAAGCUGCGGGUGCCAGGUCCUCCUGGGUCAGCGCGCUUGUUGAGAGACCGUAAGAUUAAACGCCAAGUUACGAAAACUGGCGUUUCAUGUAACACAAGUCAUCGCUUCAAAUAGAGGAAAAAUGCAAUUAAACGUAGCUAGCGGCUUGAGGCGUAAUUUUCAUCAUCUCUAGUGGAGUUUUACCGUGCAAGAAAUCGGAGUGCUGAGUUUAAUUAAAAAAAAAAAAAUAAAAAAAUAUCCUCACAUUAGUUUUUUGCCUCACUACCAACAACGAAAAUUUGAGGAUUCAUUUAUUAUGCGAUUAAAGGCCUCCAAGCAGUUUCAUCAAUAUCGAAUAAUUUUAUUUGUAUGUAACUAUUUCUUAAGUAAGUUAAUUUAUUUACGACAUGUUCGGAGACUUUUUGAACGAGACUGAUCGUAAACAUCAUCUGAUCAUCCGAUUGGUGCAUUAAAUGAAUAUUUUAACAACCUAAUAACAGAUAGAAAUUUGUUUCCAAUGCGAGGGUUGGCUUGCAAAUCAGCUGAGUUCAUUGACCCUAUUUUUAUAGGAUAUCGAGGCUCGCAAGGCGCUAGUUUUAACUACUGAGUUCAUUACACAUGAAAUGAAUAUAUUAAUCUUAGGAGCUAAUCCAUCCCAGCCUAAUUAGUAAGCAAUGCUCUAUGAUAUAAUGUUAUGCGACAGAGUAGUAGCGAGUGGUGAUAUGACUGGCAUUCAAGAUCCAGGAGAAUAUGAUGAAGUCUCGCAUGUAAUAAUUUAUUGCCUAGGUUUAGAGCCUAUGUAUAGUGAUUGUGAUCAACUUCAGACUAUAA